UUAAAUAAAGAAGUUUAUAACAAAAAAAUAUAAAUAGGGAAAAUGAGCAACUUUGAAGAAUUUAUUGGUCUUAAGGAUUUCGAUAUUGAGAUUUGGCGCAUGUUAAUUGCUGAGUUCCUCGGUACAUUUUUCUACGUGUUCGUUGGGGUCAUUAGCACAGUCUCAUUAUCGCAUAAUCUGAUGACCUCCGUAGUGCCGGUUGCCUUCGCAUUUGGAUUGGCAUUAUCAAGUAUAUCGCAUGUGGUGAAUAGGGCUAGCGGUGCGCACCUGAAUCCUGCUGUUAGCAUAGCUCGCCUGGUCGUUGGACAAAUGAAAUUUCUCAAAUGUUUAUGCUACAUACUAGUGCAAUGCGUCGGUUCGUGUUUAGCGGCAUUUUUGGUGGAAAGUAUUUGUCCGGGACCUUCGCUCGCACGGCAGGACGGUGUAACCAGACCACUGUACAUGGGUGUUUGGGAAGCGUUGCUUCUUGAAAUGUUCAUUACAUUUAUUAUGGUUAUGGUGUACAAAUCCAUGGCUGAUCCUACGCGUGAUGAUUUACAUUUAUCUGGACCAUUAGUUGUGGGACUUUCAAUCACAGCGGGGCAUCUUGUGGGCUACUUGUGUUCAUCGGCAAGCAUGAAUCCAGCACGUUCUUUCGGGCCGGCACUUGUAAAUCUCAACUUCAACGAUCACUGGAUCUAUUGGGUCGGACCGAUUUUGGGUGGUGUCAUGGCUUCAGUUUCUUAUCAUUUUGGUGUGCAGGAUCGUGAAGCGCUUAAGCGGAGACGCUCUAGAAGAAAUAGUGCCAGACGAAAGAACUUCAAUAGAGGUAGUGUGAUACUCUUGGCAACUGAAUUCUUUGGUACGCUUGCUAUCGUCUUUACCAGCAUUCUUACAAUGGCACAACAAUAUGUUGACGAGGAAGAACUCAAGCGAGCAGUAGAUACCACUUCCAGUGGCGCUUCAAUGGAACAAAUUUCUCUCGGAUUAGGCUUGGUGUUUGCCGCUGUGGCCCAGGCGUUGGGCCGUCGCAGUGUUUGUCACUUCAAUCCCGCUGUAACUUUGGGAUACUGCGUUGUCGGCGAACUGAGCUUAAUUAUGAGCUUAUUGUUCAUGGUUGUGCAAUGCCUAGCUUCUGCUCUUGGAGUCUGUAUGGCGCAAGUUCUACUACCGGAAAAAUUGGCAAAUAAACACCUAGGUGUACCAAAGCAUCCGCAUGUAUCGGUGUUGGGCACGAUUGUUAUUGAAAUGCUGUUGACCUUUAUAUGGGUCUUUCUGGCACGCAGUGCAGAAAGUCACAAAAUGAUGGGCUUACGAGAUACGGCACCACUAGCCGUUGGUGCCACAAUAAUAGCGGCUUAUUUAGCUGCUUAUCGGUUGACCGGCGGCAGCAUGAAUCCAGCGCGCUCUUUUGGGCCAGCUCUGGUGUACAUGGAUUGGAAAGAUCAUUGGAUUUAUUGGUUGGCUCCAUUUGCCGGUGGUUGUCAGUUCCGCCUAUUCUCAAACUACGUAAGCAUGUUUCCAGCUUUAGGUACGAACGAAUUGAAAAGCUAUUUAUUUCGGCGUCAACUUCUUUGUGAAUUCUUCGGCACAUUUGUGCUGAUGCUGGUACGGAAGACGGUUAGUACGGUGGAGGAUACACAAUGGGCCGUAACGAAAAUUUCAUUCGCUCACGGCCUGACUGUUGCUGCCUUGACCAAACUAUUCGGUCGCAUAAGCGGCUGCCAUAUCAACCCUGCGGUUUCGAUCGCUUUUUUCGUAGUCGGUGAAAUGAGCACGUUACGUCUAUUCUUCUAUAUUAUCAUGCAAUUUCUGGGCUCAAUUUCGGCAGUAUUUACGUACACAUUGUAUGCUUUCGCCAAUUCGAAUGCAAUUCAAGAGCCCAGUGCAUUGGAAGACUGGCAAAUAAUAUUACUGGAACUCAUACUCACAACCAUGUUCGUAAUGCUGUUUCGUACAAUGGCAGACGCACAACACCGCAGUCAACGGAGUUCCGCUUCUAUGGCCAUAGGGUUCGCUUACACCGCAUGUCUUUUGAGUGGCACCUCUAUAUCGGAGGUGGCCCUGAACCCGUUACUGCAUUUCGCUUCUGGACCGAAUAUAUUUGCUGGCAAUUUUACACCGGCCAUUGGAUCAACUAUGGGUGGCAUUUUUGGAGCGCUGACCUAUGAGGCCUUAUACAUGCCGUAUAAACGAGAACCGCGUACCUCGAGCCUUUUCGAAUGGCUACGCGGUACUCCAUCAGCCGAAAGCAAAUCAAAUCAAUCUCGUUUGUAG